ACAGCCGAAUCUUUCGACUCUUCAUUGCCUCCAUCUUGUGCAAACCCUCGCUGCUGAAUCUAUGGGGAAGCCGUCGAAUUCGCAGGUUUCAUCCGAAGAGGAUCUUUCAAGCGGAUCUAAUUCAGAGGAAGAGCAGAUUAACGAAUCGGUUGACGAUGAGGAGCAACAGGAGCAGACUAACGAGUCGUCUGACGAAGAGGAGAAUGAUGAGCAACAGGAUCAGAUUAACGAGUCGGCUGAUGAGGAUGAGGAGAUUGAGGCCGUUGAUAGACCGGCUGAUUCGGAUGAAACUGGAGAUAAGUCGCUGUCGACGGAUGAUGAUCCCGGACAUCAACAAGAGGAAGAAGAAACCGAAGAGGAGGAUAAUGGUUUGGCUAAUGCAGAAGUUGGGAAGCGUGAGAAGGCAAGACUAAAAGAAAUGGAGAAUCUAAAGAAACAGAAGAUUCAAGAAAUACUGGAUGCUCAAAAUUCGUCCAUUGAUGCUGACAUGAACAAUAAAGGAAAUGGUCGCCUGAAAUAUCUUCUCCAACAGACAGAAAUAUUUGCUCAUUUUGCUAAAAGUGGUCAAGCUGCUUCCCAGAAAAAGUCUAGAGGAAGGGGCCGGCAUGCAUCAAAGAGGACUGAAGAAGAAGAGGAUGAAGAGUGCUUAAAGGACGAAGAAGACGGUCUGUCUGGAACAAACAGUACUAGACUGGUCUCUCAACCAUCUUGCAUUCAAGGAAAGAUGAGGGACUACCAACUGGCAGGUCUUAAUUGGCUGAUUCGACUAUAUGAAAAUGGCAUAAAUGGAAUACUUGCAGAUGAAAUGGGUUUAGGAAAGACAUUACAAACAAUCUCCUUGUUGGGCUACCUACAUGAGUUCAGAGGGAUAACUGGCCCUCAUAUGGUAGUUUCUCCCAAAUCUACACUUGGCAAUUGGAUGAAAGAAAUAAAACGUUUUUGCCCAGUUCUCCGAGCUAUCAAGUUUCUAGGAAAUCCUGAUGAAAGAAAACAUAUAAGAGAGAAUCUUUUAGUUGCGGGGAAGUUUGAUGUAUGUGUCACUAGCUUUGAAAUGGCAAUUAAGGAGAAAGCUACCUUGAGGCAGUUUAGCUGGCGCUACAUUAUCAUUGAUGAAGCACACAGAAUCAAGAAUGAGAAUUCACUUCUCUCUAAAACAAUGAGGCUUUACAAGACUAACUACCGUCUUCUUAUCACUGGUACACCUCUCCAGAACAAUCUUCAUGAACUCUGGUCUCUUCUGAACUUCCUUCUGCCAGAGAUAUUUAGUUCAUCGGAGACGUUUGACGAGUGGUUCCAGAUAUCUGCUGAUAACGAUCAGCAAGAGGUUGUUCAGCAACUUCACAAGGUUCUCCGGCCAUUCCUUAUAAGGAGAUUGAAAUCAGAUGUUGAGAAGGGUUUGCCUCCUAAGAAAGAAACAAUACUCAAGGUUGGUAUGUCCCAGAUUCAGAAACAGUUUUACAAAGGUCUGUUGCAGAAAGAUCUGGAGGUAGUAAAUGCUGGUGGGGAGCGCAAGCGUCUUUUGAAUAUUGCAAUGCAACUGCGUAAAUGCUGCAACCACCCUUAUCUCUUUCAAGGUGCUGAACCUGGCCCUCCUUAUACUACGGGAGAGCAUAUUAUUACUAGUGCUGGAAAAAUGGUUCUUCUGGACAAACUGCUUCCCAAACUAAAAGAACGUGAUUCCAGAGUCCUAAUAUUUUCACAGAUGACAAGGUUGCUGGAUAUUCUGGAAGAUUAUUUACUCUAUCGUGGACACCAAUAUUGUCGCAUAGAUGGAAACACUGGAGGAGAUGAUCGUGAUGCUUCGAUUGAAGUAUUUAAUAAACCAGGAAGUGAGAAAUUUGUUUUCUUGCUUUCAACUAGAGCUGGAGGGCUUGGAAUCAAUCUUGCUACUGCUGAUGUUGUCAUCCUUUAUGAUAGUGACUGGAACCCGCAAGUGGAUUUACAGGCGCAGGACCGUGCUCACAGGAUUGGGCAGAAGAAAGAAGUUCAAGUCUUCCGUUUCUGUACUGAGUACACCAUUGAGGAAAAGGUUAUUGAAAGGGCAUAUAAAAAGCUUGCUCUUGAUGCCCUGGUGAUCCAACAAGGACGACUGGCAGAACAAAAAACUGUUAAUAAAGAUGAGCUACUUCAAAUGGUUCGAUUUGGUGCUGAAAUGGUUUUUAGUGCCAAGGAUAGCACAAUUACUGAUGAAGAUAUAGAUAGAAUUAUUGCUAAAGGAGAAGAGGCAACAGCUGAACUUGAUGCCAAGAUGAAAAAGUUCACUGAAGAUGCCAUUAAAUUUAAAAUGAAUGACACUGCUGAGUUGUAUGAUUUUGAUGAUGAAAAGGAUGAAAACAAGUUGGACCUGAAGAAAAUUGUGAGUGAGAACUGGAUUGAACCUCCAAAAAGGGAGAGAAAGCGCAAUUAUUCAGAGGCAGAGUACUUUAAACAAACUUUGCGCCCAAGUGGCCCUCCCAAAAUAAAAGAGGCUCGAAUUCCAAGGAUGCCUCAAUUACACGAUUUCCAGUUUUUCAAUCUACAAAGGCUACGUGAGCUGUUUGAGAAAGAAGUUCGGUACCUCAUGCAAAUAUAUCAAAGGGAUCAAUCAAAGGACAGUAUUGAAAUGGAUGAUGAGUCGGAAGCUUUAGGAGCCCCCCUGACUGCUGAAGAACAGGAUGAGAAGGAGAGCCUACUAGAAGAGGGAUUUUCUACAUGGAGCAAAAGGGACUUCAACUCUUUCAUUAGAGGUUGCGAGAAGUAUGGACGAAAUGAUAUAAAAAGCAUAGCUUCUGAAAUUGAUGGAAAAUCAGAAGAGGAAGUUAAAAGAUAUGCUCAAGCAUUUAAAGAACGGUACACAGAGUUGAAUGAUUAUGAUAGGAUAACGAAGAACAUAGAAAGAGGGGAGGCUAGAAUUUCUCGUAAAGAUGAAAUAGUUAAAGCAAUUAAGAAGAAGAUGGAUCGCUAUAAGAACCCUUGGCUGGAAUUGAAGAUUCAGUAUGGUCAGAAUAAAGGGAAGCUUUAUAACGAAGAAUGUGACCGUUUCAUGAUUUGCAUGGUUCGAAAGCUAGGGUAUGGAAACUGGGAAGAGCUAAAGACAGCACUAAGGAAAGCCCCAUUGUUUCAUUUCGAUUGGUUCAUAAAGUCUCGCUCCACACAAGAGCUUGCAAGGAGAUGCGAUACCCUUAUUCGAUUAGUGGAGAAGGAAAACCAAGAAAUUGAUGAUCGAGAUAGACAAUCACGCAGAGAUAAAAAGAGCUCGACGUCUUCAAAACGACCAUCAGCUGCUGAUAGCCCGCCAACAAAGAAGAAGAGGAAGCAAGUGUCCAACUGAAACUCUGAAACAAUUUUUAUAUAAUAUAUUGUCACAUUUAGGAUUUGAAAAACAUUUUAGAUGGAUGAUCUUUUCAACCAAAUCCUAUUCCACUUUUGUUUCUUCAUCU